UUUGGCGAAAUAAUAAAAUUUACAUUUGGCCUCAUAGAAACACAAGAGAGUACUCAUCAGAAAGAAAGAAAGAAAGAAAGAAAGGAAUGGCUAUCUACGUCUGCCAAUGAGAUUCGCCAUUUGGGUCUACAAGGUUGUGUUUGUGUAUGAGCACUGACAGGCAAGAGGUGCUUUUCAUGGCCCUAACUUGUCCAUGCGCAAUCAUUACCUAAGUUUUUCUGUUGCCUAAAUCAUUCAUAGAACAGGAAAGGAAGGACGGCGAAGAAAUUUCGCGUUUACUAAGCUUUGCGGAUGCGACUGCGAAGAUGUUUUUAAGGGAGUACAAUGUAACUGGAUAAGGUUUAAGACUACUGAUUAUGUAUAAAAAUAAAUUUUGCUCGGAUGAGUUCUCUGAUACAACAAUGGAUUUUUCGAGAUCGAGCUCUUGGACGGUGGGAGAGCGAAUCUGCGCGGCGUUUGUACCAUUUAUAGCCAUAAUCGAGGCAUUGAUAUUCGCAGUGACCGAUUGCUUCAGCCACCGGCCGCGACCCUGGAAAGCACAACGCCGAUUCGACUACGCGGAUCUCUCGCGCCUCGCCGAUGAGUCAAGAUUUACUGUCAAUGAAGUGGAGGCAUUGUUUGAACUGUUUAAGAAGUUGAGUAGCUCAAUUAUUGACGAUGGUUCAAUUCACAAGGAAGAGCUUCAAUUAGCACUGUUCCAAACUCCAUAUGGCGAGAAUCUUUUUCUUGAUCGGGUUUUUGAUCUUUUUGAUGAAAGAAGAAAUGGUGUUAUUGAGUUUGAUGAAUUUGUACAUGCACUCAGUGUCUUCCAUCCCUAUGCCCCAUUAGAAGAAAAAAUUGAUUUUGCAUUUAGGCUGUAUGAUCUGAGACAAACUGGAUAUAUCGAACGAGAAGAAGUCAAACAAAUGGUAAUUGCCAUAAUGAUGGAAUCAGACAUGAAAUUGUCAGACGAACUUCUUGAGGCUAUCAUUGAUAAGACAUUUGCUGAUGCUGAUUCGGACAAGGAUGGUAGAAUCAGUAAAGAAGAAUGGAAGGCUUUUGCCAUUCGGCAUCCAAGCCUCUUGAAGAACAUGACUCUUCCUUAUUUGAAGGAUGUCUCCACAAUCUUCCCAAGUUUCGUUUUUAACACUGAGGUUGAAGACUGAGAAGAGAAUUUGAAAGCAUUUUGUUCACCUUCAGUUUUGUUUAUGUGUUUUGGCUUCAUGAUUCAAAUGCGGUUAUCAAAACUGACGGUGUAAAAAGAAUUCAAAAGAAGCCAAUAGAACGUUCCAAAGCUCCACCAUUUUGGAGUAUACACUCGGUGAACUAUUGAUAGGUAAUAUCAUAAAGGAAAGAAAAAGUAUUGACGAGGCAUCACUAAGGAGACAUUGUUGCUCGUGACUCAUGAGCAUGAAUAUUGAUUCUCGAAUGAAAGAUAAAAAUAAACAAAAAGAAUAUGAAUUGUUUUCAUAUGAUAAGCAAUUUAGAAGAAUUUUAAAGGAUAAUAAUGACAUUAUCAUUAUUAUUACAUCGGUAUAAUUUUUAAAAUUUAACAAUUACGAAUGA